GGAUUUCUCGUCCCAGACAACUAUGUCUCCGAGACUCCCGAUGACACCGACAUGAACAUAUCCAGCAUUUUCUGGGGAUUCUCCUUAGGGGCUGCCCUCUUUGCGGCAGUGCAGGCAGGGCGGCAAUCUUACCAUAGCUGGAAAAGGAAGCAUGGGAUAACCACUUAUGUGGCCUUGAUUUGGGGCGAGUGGACAGCAAGCAUCAUUAUUGGGGCUCUUACGUGGUGCUUCCAGCGUGAAUAUGUUGGUCCCAGUUUUCAGCUAUUCUUUCUCAUUUCUUGCUGUUGGUCUCUUCAGAUCCAAUUGCUAAUGCAAAUCAUCAUAAAUCGUAUUGCAUACUUAAUGGCAGUGCCUGGGGCUGCAAGAAGCCUUAAAUGGGGUGUCUUUCUCGUGUUACUCCUUGUCAACAUCAGCGUGAUGGUUAUUUGGACCCCAGCACAUCUCCAGCUUUCGCCGCGGUGGGUUCAUAUCAAUGAAAUAUGGGAUAGAGCCGAAAAGGUAAUCUUUUUGAUCAUCGACUUGUCUCUGAACAUUCGUUUCAUGUAUCUGGUCCGGUCUCGCUUGAUCAAGAGCGGCUUGUCCAAGUACGUGCCACUCUAUCGGCUCAACUUGGUCUUGGUGUGCUUUUCCAUGUGUCUUGAUGUAUCUUUGAUUGGUCUAAUGUCGUUACCGAGCGGCCUUAGCUACUUGCAGUUUCAUCCAGUAGCAUACCUCUUGAAGCUCUCCAUUGAAAUGAACAUGGCAGAGCUCACUGCAAAAAUUGCAAAAUCCCAGAAU